UGUCACAGUCAUGUGAUUCCUCUGCUCCCCGACACAGGAGAUCGUGUUUCUACAGCGCUGAAGUUGACUUCAGUUUAACUUUUUCUGCGUUCAGACACUCCUGGUUUCUCCUAACAAUGGCGGAUCGGACGUUUGCCAUCGCCAUCUCUGUAAUGACUCUGGUGUGGGGUGUUGUUGGAGGAGUUGUUCCCUGGUUUAUCCCCAAAGGACCGAACAGAGGAGUUAUUGUCACAAUGUUGGUGCUGACUGCAGUCUGCUGUUACCUCUUCUGGUUGAUAGCAAUUCUGGCUCAGCUGAACCCGCUCUUUGGGCCGUCCCUCUCCACUGACGUCAUCUGGUACCUAAACUACGCCUGGGAUUAACUUGGCCUUUAAGGACCACUUACCUUGCAGCAUCAGCGGGCUGGACACUGAUGCACCAGAUCCCCUCCAGAGACCAUUCGUCAGAUCACUUAAAACCCCAAAACCCUGUGCCUUUUAGUGAUGGAGUGAAGCCCUCGUCUGCGUGCCUUGAUAAACAUUUGAGAGCUAUUACUUGAUUUUUUUUUUUUUUUCCUGACCUUCAAAUGAAAGCGGCCUUCACUUGCUGUUGUGUGUGUGUGUGUGUGUAUAUGUUGUGUGCAUUGUGUGCAAUAUGAGUGUCAAUGGCAUUUAAUUAAAUUGUUUUGAGGUUGACAUGA